ACCUACUUGCACUUAAUUUUUUAUUUGUCUUCUACAUUUAAAAUGCUUUCUCUGAAGGAGUUUCCUAUGUGAUUGCAGAUAUUUAGGGCUGACUUCAGUUGUCCUCCGUGGUUCUCCUCAAGUGCAAAGAAAUUAAUCAAGAGAAUCCUAGACCCCAAUCCAUUGACUAGGAUAACAAUUGCUGAGAUUAUUGAGAAUGAGUGGUUUAAGAAAGGAUAUAUGCCACCUAGGUUUGAGCAAGCUGAUGUUACUCUUGAUGAUGUGGAUGCCAUUUUCAAUGAAUCAGGGGAUUCUCGAAACCUUGUUGUCGAACGGCGUGAAGAAGGGCCUGUGGUACCUGCUACCAUGAAUGCUUUUGAACUUAUCUCAACUUCUCAGGGUCUCAACCUCAGUAGUCUGUUUGAGAAGCAAAUGGGACUUGUUAAACGGGAAACAAGAUUCACAUCAAAAUGUUCUGCUAAUGAGAUAAUCUCAAAAAUAGAAGAAGCUGCAAUGCCCUUGGGCUUUGAUGUGAAGAAAAACAACUACAAGAUGAAGCUUCUAGGGGAAAAAACUGGACGGAAGGGUCAUUUGGCUGUUACAACAGAGAUUUUUCAGGUGGCUCCUUCACUUUGCAUGGUUGAACUUCGAAAGUCUGGAGGAGAUACGCUGGAAUUUCACAAGUUCUAUAAUAAUCUCUCUACUGGGCUAAAAGAUAUUGUUUGGAAAACGACAGAUGAAAGAGAAGUGGAAGAAAAGAAUGGGUCGGCAGCUGGCUCUACUUCAUCCCAAUGACGUGCAUUUUCCAAAAUGAACGUCGGUCAGUUCUCUUGGGCGAAAUUCAGAAUUCGGUUACCUUAAAGGAAUAUUUAUCUUGUUUUUUCUUGGUUGUAACUUCACCUUUUGCAAAGCACCGUAUACAUGUGCCAGCUAUGCGUUUGUCUCUGCUGGAUGCUGUGAUUCAGAAAGAACUUAUACUAUAUAUCAUAUUUGCUAUGCUGUUUGGAGACCGAAAUGUACCUAUCAAUUGAAUUUAUGAAUAAAUAAAAUGGGAAAAAAAAAGAGAAAUGUGGCUGGGAUUGAAAUAAGUCG